AUGGAGUCGGAUGCACACUCUGUACGUGUUGUUUUGACAGCUGUGGCGCCUCCACCGCCACACCCCCACCUGUCAGAACUUCUACCCAGAGAGCACCGACAGGUACACAGAGAGCCCUCCAGAGACCCACCGGAGGAUCUUGGCGAUGCCUUGCUGGGGAGACAUUCGAAGCUCUAUCAGCGUCGGAAAGAAGUGGAAGCAGAGCUCAAACAAGAGUUCAGCUUGCCAGAAGAGGCGACUGCAGUGCUGCAUGAGUUGAGAUCGAGGCGAUCGACACCGCUUGGGUACCCUCCACCAGUGCCAAAACCGCGUGUGGGCAAGUCCAAGCUUCCGCCCAUUCCGAAGCUGCCCGAGCAGCAUCGUCCGCCGCGCUGGGGGGUUGGAGACGCCUCGGAGAACAUCGCUACAGCGCAGGACCAGGCAGAUGCCCAGACACCAUGGUGGAAGUUGGAACAGGAGAUCUUGGCUAGGCGGAGUUCGGACAGGCAGCUGACAGCUGAACAUGUUGACCAGCGUGACCAAGCGGACGAAGCUGGCGAGGACUUCACCACGUUUGACCGAACCUUGCAAAAGCGCCCUCAGAGUUGGAGAAUGGGCAGACCUGAUCAGCUCAGGAGCCGUGGAGAAAACGUCAGCGUCUUAGACGUCUUUGCUGUGUUAUACGGAGACAUGUGCAGAAAGAGCCGCCAAGUCUUGCAACAUUGGAGAACGGCCCGACAACACCCAAGCGAACACAGCAAAGACUCAAAGAGUCGAUGCAUGGGUCGAGGUCAGACGCUUCAAGAUGACAAUCCACCCACGAAGAACGAGGAAACACACCGGUAA